AUAAGUUAUCGGCUCCACUCCCACCACUAGGCGAUUUGACUGUACAUUGACAAAAACACAUACCUAUAUGUUUACAUAUAUAACACUUGAUAUAAAUAAACAUAUUGAAAGGGUUUGUUUUGUGUAUUACGUGUCUGCAUUCGAUUCCAAACAAGAUCCUUUUGGAUCUGAGAACAGUGCGCUAACUAGAGAACCGAGAAGGAAGCCGAGGGGACGCACGCACACACCUGCAAUCGUGGAAGCAGAGCUGAAGCAAACGAAGUGGUUACAGCGGAGAGUGUGUAGGAGUACCCAACACCCGAAUCACAGACCCGAGAAUCCGUGGGCGACAAACAGGACAAGGCUGACCAGGAGCAAUGGCUGGAUCCGCGCUGCGACGCCUCAUGGCAGAAUACAAACAGUUGACACUCGAUCCGCCCGAGGGCAUUGUGGCCGGACCCAUCAGCGAGGACAACUUCUUCGAGUGGGAGGCACUAAUUGCCGGACCCGAGGGAACUUGCUUCGAGGGCGGCGUCUUUCCGGCUCGAUUGGUCUUUCCGCCCGACUAUCCGCUGAGUCCGCCAAAGAUGAAGUUUACUUGUGACAUGUUCCAUCCCAACAUAUUCGCCGAUGGCCGAGUCUGCAUAUCUAUACUUCAUGCCCCCGGCGACGAUCCCAUGGGCUAUGAGCUGUCCGCCGAGCGAUGGAGUCCUGUGCAGAGUGUUGAGAAGAUUCUUUUGAGUGUGGUCAGCAUGCUGGCAGAACCCAACGACGAGAGUGGAGCCAAUGUCGAUGCAGCCAUCAUGUGGCGCGAACGGAGAGACGAGUUCAACACCAUCGCCCGACGACUGGUGCGCAAAACAUUGGGACUGCCCACAUAGAUGGCAAUUCGUCCACGGACUGGCACUGGAACUGGUUAGCCCACAAAGAGACACCCAGACCCCGCCACCUUCCCAUUACGAUCCCUUCCCAACCCGAUUCCAGGAUAGCGCCUAGCGAAACCGACCCCAACCCGAAACAGAACCGAAAGCGAAAACAACAGCAGACAUGACGAGCUAACCCACAGUUCCCACACCUAAAGACGUUUCAAAUUAGCGAAAUUCACGAAACCUAGCAAUAAAAUCGACUGUUAAACAACCAGACAGCAGUGCGUCCCGUCUAGAGUUGCAUUUCCCGGAACUACUGAUCCCGAACAGCCUAUUAGCAGGCAGCUCGGAGACCCAUUACCAUUACCAGGCAACUAGUCGGUUGCCAAAGGCCCAAAAGAAUCCGUAAAUUUUGAAAUUGUAAAAUUCAAGUUUUCUACCGAUACAAAUUGUUUUUUGGAGUCACUCGUUCUCUGCAAAACUCGUCAAAGCCUUCAUAGAACGGCCACUUUGAGCUGUCUAUAUAACCUGCUGCUCUGUAAACCUUUCAUUAAAUAGUUUAAAGAAAACAUAUUGUAUAUAACGUGAAAACUUUUUUUUUGGUAUUUCAGCGAGUCGUAUAAGUGUAAAAUAUAUUUUAUGAAUGGAACAAUGUGAAACAUGUGUCUAGUAAAUAGGAAAACACUUGUAGACCUUACCGCACGACUGUGCAAACAUUAGACUUCUUCAGGGCCUAGACUUCUCCCAAAAAUUCCUUGUAACUGUUGAACGUGUCCAAUGCACAAGGCCACUAACACUUUACCCUUGCAGGGAAGACGCACACAAGCUUCUGUAGUUUCGGUUUAUUUUUAUGAAUUACGAUCGGUACAUUUAGAUUAAAUAUGUGUAUAUAAAAUAAGUCUAAAUCGAUAACGUGCGAUGGAUAGACCCAGUUUCCGUUGGCCAGUUCCAAGUCCUUCCUAAUUGUUUCUAUGUAUUCGUAUAUAUAUGUUCUACCACGCAAUUGUAAAUGUCUUAUUUGGUUAAGUAAAUUGAUUACAGUGUGCCCCGAUAA